GAAAAAAUAUAAAAACUUGUCUCGCAAAUACAUAUUUUAGCAUAAACUUUUUUACCGUGUUGAAGAAUAUUGAACGUUACCAACAUGAGAACGUCACUCGCGUUCCGACUUUUUUUAAUGGCUUUUUUAAUAGCCGGAGUAGCAUGUGAAACGUCUCCUGGACAGGGAACAUUGAAUGGUCAACAAUCCGAUACGCAGAAAAGUGUCCAAGACUCUGGGACACAAAUGAAGGAAUUAAACGAACAGAAAGCGGGUGAAAAAAAUGGACUGGACGAAGAAGAAGAAGAAACUGAAGGACCUUUCCUAACGUGUACACUUUUCAACGAUAAUUCCGCAUGCAACGUGAUGUGCUCGAUAAUGGGUACAAUUUAUGGCGAACCCAUAAACUCAGGGACGUGUACAAACCAAGACUGCAAUUGCAAUGUACCACCAAACGCCACCCUCGAAGACUACUGGAAACUAAAAUUUGACUUUCCGGGUAUUCUGCGAACAAUUCGUAAAAAUAAUAAUCUAUCUAGUAAAAUUUUCGAUGUCCUGAAGAUCCCACACCAAACACCACAACAAACUAAACAAAAUCUAGCAUCACUAUUAACUCCCGAGCAACUGAAAAAUCUUCGCGUGAAAAAUGAAAUGCCUCAGAAACUAUUCAGAAAAUACGGCACUCCGAAUCUUGUCGCUAUUCAGAAAUACGUCAGUGAGAAGCUGAAAUCUCUUAAAACACCAAUUAAAAGCGAAGACUACAAGAAAUUAUUACUCAAAUCAUUAGAUGAUGCGGAUGAGGAUACAUUCAACCACUUCUUGCGCACAAUCCGUCAAUCAAAAAAUAAACUUUUGAACCAAGUUCUCGACAAAUAUGUAAGUGAUCACGAAAUUGACGAGUCUGAGAUUCAGUCUGAUGAUGAAGGAGAGAUAUCAAUGGUUGGUAUUCUAGAUACCACCUUGAUCAACGAAAUCAUCAAAUCAGUACCUCGUAAGAUCCAACCAGGUGCUCGGGGUAAAUCAUCUUCAAAAUUACCUUCGUCGCGUUCCAAAUCAACCCAAUCAAAAGAAAGUAUCGCCAAAAAGCAGAAUAGCAGUUCCAGCUCAUCUGGAAAAACUUCCAAUGAGAAUCGUACCAUAUUCGAUAAGAACCUCUACACUUUGGAAAUAUUCGAUCCAACACAAGUAGCUCGUUUCAAAAGAGGUAGAAGUGGAUACCAAAAUUGGGAUAAAUGUUGGGAGGAACCGGGUUUCUAUAGGGUUUGCACACAUCGAAUCAGCCGCGGAGAAUUCUUUUCCUGGCGCAAAGUACUAUUAAAUAAACAAGUAAUUGAUAUUGAUAUGAGAAAAACUUCCACUGGUGUCGUAGCGCAAACAUGGGAAUUUUUCGGCCACGGUAUUGCAUUAACACGAACAGCAGAUGGUACAAUAACUCAGUGUUGGGAUUUUCCUGACUAUUCUCAUUGGGAGUACAUUAAAUCUCCUGAUGGCGAAGUUGAUCAGUUCUGGAAAGGUAAUAAAGAAAAUUGGAAUGCUGUAGAGUACAGUAAAUCCUUUAUGGAUGCGUGGUGUGCUGAGAAUGAUUCCUACUAUAAUGUGGGAGGAGAACCCUGUAUCAUGUACUGA